AUGAGCAUUUUCGAUGUGACUUUGGAACACCCUAUUGAGGAUCUUCUGGCCUGUCCAGAUGAGGACGUAGGCUCACUAUUGGAGCUGGAUAAUAUCGUUGGGAAAGGCGGGUUCGCAACGGUGUGGAGGGCUGCUUUUGACGGUCAGCAAUGUGCCUGCAAGGUGCUGCAGCCUCGAGGCGGAACGCUUCCUCCUGCGCCGAUUGUCAGACUCUUUAUCCGAGAAUGCGUAUCCCUGCUUUCUAUGAAGCACAGUGCGGUCAUUCGGUGCGCGGGACUGAUCCGCAUGCGCAUGGUGGACUUCCCGGAGCUCGGCCUGACGUACGACACGUACGGCAUGCUGCUGGAGUUUUGCGAGGGGGGCACGCUGAAGGACCUCAUGCUGGCUCAGCUGGUUUACAAAGAAGACCAGUACUCGGUACGGGAGGCGCUGAGCUGGCUGGCCCAGGUGGCCUCGGCCCUUCAGCAGUUUCACAAUUUGGAUAUGCCGAUCAUCCACCGGGAUAUUAAGCCGGAAAACAUAUUGCUACAGCCCGCAAGGCCCAGCAGCAUACCGGGGUUUUGGCAGCCCACCCCCCAGCAGCUGAGGGCAGGAGUACCGCGGAAACGCCUCGGCAGUAGCAGCGGCGGCGGCGACAGCUUCCGGCCUCGUCAGAAUCUCAACGCCAAGCUGGCGGACCUGGGACUCGGUGUACGGGUAUGCGCCAACCGUUCCGUACUCAUCCGCCGUCGUGCGGCGCCGACGGAAGGUGAUAGCACCGCCGGCGCCGCCGCAGCCGCAGCGCCGGCAGGCGCGGGGGAAGAUGAAGCCGUACAGGUAUUGUUCGCUGGUGUAGUCGGCGGCGCCGCCGGCGGCCAGAGAGUGGAGGAAGUACGGAUGCCGUUCAUGGGCUUCACAACCACCCCCGUCAGGCCGCCGAAGCGUUUGGGAAGUAACCAACGGAAGCCGUCGCGGGGCCGUAGCAUCAGCAGCUACGGAGCCGGUGCCGCCGCCGCUGCCACUAACGGCGACGGCGGCGGCGGCGGCGGCACGCAUGCAGCUGCCGUCGACGUGGCCGCCUCCUCGUCAACCUCGCCGUCACCGACUUACCUGCACCGGACCGCUCUGGCCAACAAUGUGCGAGCUCGGCUGUCAGGUACACGGGAACACGCAGGGAGUUGGGCCGCGCACGGAGAGGCGGCGGCGGUGGCGGCGGCGGUGACGACGGCGGCUGCUGCCGCCGCCAUCGCCACUGCCACGACGCCUGCUGGCGGCGUAGGUGGCAGUGGUGGCUGCCCGCCGCAACGGCCGCCGCAUCCACCGGGUACGGAAGCGGGCCUGGGCUUUGGCGGCGGCGGCGGCGGAGGAGGAGGAUCAGGAGGUGGCGGAGGUAGCGACCGGCACUAUGCCGACGGCCCCAGCCCAUUUCGCGAUUUCUUACAACAGCAGCAGCAGCAACAACAGCAAAACCAGCAGCAGCCGACUUCUCAAAGUACACCCGUCAUCACGGCCUCCGCUGUGGCGGCAGGUCCCGCAGCCGCCAGUCAGCAGGAAGAAGCGACGGGGCCGUCAGCGCGUGCAGACGGCGGCGGCGGCGCCACCACCGCCGUUGCACCGCCGUCGCCAUUUUCCUUGCAGUACAGUCAGAGCCUGGGUCACGGCCCUCACCACGCGCCGCCGCUGGCGCCGAUUUCGGAGCGGUCGCUGUCCGCUGAGGAUACGACAACCACAGACGGCAGCGAUUGCCGCUCCGGAGCCAUGACUCUCAACGGCACCGUGACGUUGACCAGCUCCGGAACCACGAACACGGCCGGGGGGACGACGGCGCCGCUAAGCUUGCUGCAAUCUUCCGUCAGCCGGCCGGCGCCGGGUCGCAACCACCACAACCACCACAUGCUGUACACCAUCCAGGAACCGGAUGACUCUGGUCACCAGCCUCUCCCCACCAGCGCCUCCGCCCCCGUCCCUACCGCCGCCGCUGCAGCCGCCCCCCACGAUCCUCACCGCCUCCCGGGUAGCAUCCCGGGUCAGGGACCAAGCCAACAGAAAACAUGCCCACCUCCGUCAGCAGCACCUCCACCAUCACCUCCACCACCACCACCGCCGCCGCCACAACGACGGGGACCCCAGGAACCACUCGACCAUCAACACCAACAACACACACAUCAGCACCAGAACCAGAACCAAGGCGGCGGUGCUGGUGGUGGUGGUGGCGGCGGUGGUGGUGGUGGAGGGGGCCGUCUUCUUCUGACAGCUGCUGCGGGCAGUGUACGGGAGAGCUGGCGGCGGGCGGUGGCGGCGGCAGGAGCCGGGUUGGGGGCACUGUCGCCCAGCACCGCUGCCCCCGCCGUCGCGAUAGGGGACGCAGCUGCCGACCAAACACACACAAAGCUGCUCCGGGGGGAGACACCGACGGCCUCGCCCACAGCUACGGCCACUGCCGCAACUACAGCUACAGGCACAGGCGCCAUUAGCAGCCGGCUUUCCCGGGACAGGACUUCCUUUGGCAUAUCUUCUCUUGUCCGACCCGCACUGCGGGAGCUGGGUCGCUCGGAAAGCCUGACUCGCGCCAUGAGGCGGGUGGAGUCGUUGCUCCGCUCCCUCAAGGUCGCCACCCUCCCUAAGUUCCGUCGUGGAAGUCAGUUCCAAUGGGUGUACGGCCUCACGGGGCAGGCGGGGAGCUGCAUGUACAUGGCGCCCGAGGUCUUCAAGGGAGAGCCGUACAAUGAGAAGGUUGACGUUCACUCGUUUGGCGUGAUGAUGUACGAGCUGCUUUCCCGGGAGCUGCUGUUGGUGCGGUACAUUGGCGGUACGAAGGCGGGACAGGAGAUCGGUGUUAAGGAUCCGCAACAAUAUGCGAAAAAGACAUGCGAGGGGUUUCGUCCCCCCCGUCACCCCCGAAUCCCCGAUGCUCAGUGGCAGCUGAUCCAGGUGGUGGCCCAUCUGGAGGCGGCCCUGCUGGCGGACGGGGUCGGGCUGCAGCCGCAGGGCCCUGCGGCAGCCCCCACAACACGGGGGCUGGAACCUGCAACGCCCAUCCGUAAGAGCCAUCAGCUACAACCGCUGCCAUUGCAGCAGCCGCAGCUACAGCCGCAGCAGCAUCAGCGUGGGAGGUCUGGUAAAAGCGAGGAGUUGCCGCCGCAGUUAGGAGCUGAAGCUGAUAAGGGGGCCAAGAAGGCGGAGGUGGGCGUAGAUGAAGCAUCUUCGGGCUAG